AUGGCCGACAGAGGACUUAGGGAUCCUGCAGAGGCCUCUCAAGAGGAUUUGAAAAAUGACCCAUCAGUAAGUUCUCAGGCACAGGAGACCAUAGUCACAGCAAGUACCACUGAAGAAGCUCAGACCCCAGACCCUGUCUGUGGUCUUAACAAAGUCCACCAAGAGGUAGAAAAUAUAGGUCCAGGAAGUGCAGACGCAGGUGACCAAUCAGAAGAUUCAGAUGAAACAAAUUAUGGGAACUAUCCAAAGGAUCAAACAGAACAUGAGAACAACCAGAGCUUUCAGGAUGAAGAGCAAGGCCAUCAACUCCCUGAUUCAGAAAGUCCAGGUGAAAAACCCUUGGAUCCAGAACUCAGCUGUUCUCCAAGUGACAAGGUGGGAAGAGAUGAUGUGCUCUUACGAAGCGACUCUGCAGCCCUCCCUGAGGAAGUGAGCAGCGGACCUGGAGUUGCACAGGAGCCACCUGCCAUGGACCCUCAGGAUGCCCCAAGCCCUGAUCGUUCCCAUGCAGGGCCAGAGAACCAGGGCACAGUGCGGAGGCGACUGCUGGCACCAGCAGAGGCUGAAAGUCAUCAACAGGAAACACAAAGGUUGGAAGAAAAGAAAGAGAGUGCACUGGAUACCAGAAGAAAGAUGAAUAAAAAGGAUUAUUUGCGUUAUGGCUCCAUCUUUUUUGGCUCUGUGGUCACGACUCUUGUUUUGCUAAAUUGGGGUAAUAGCUACUAUUCCUCUUCAGCCCAGCAAGUGCCCAAAAAUCCAGCUUUGGAGGCCUUUUUGGUUCAUUUCAGCCAACUGAAGGAUAAAUUCCCAGGCCAGAGUUCCUUUUUGUGGCAGAGAGGACGUAAAUUUCUCCAGAAACACCUCAAUGCUUCAAACCCCACUGAGCCAGCCACCAUCAUAUUUACAGCAGCUCAGGAGGGAAGAGAGACCCUGAAGUGCCUGAGCCACCUCGUUGCGGAUGCCUAUACCUCUUCCCAGAAAGUCUCUGCCAUUCAGAUUGACGGGGCUGCAAGAACCUUGCAGGACAGUGAUGUGGUCAAGCAGUUGGUUGACACGGAGCUGAGCUCAGGAUUUGAGAAUGGCCAGAAGGCUGCUGUGGUGCACCACUUUGAAUCCCUUCCUGCAGGCUCUACCUUAAUCUUCUACAAGUAUUGUGACCAUGAGAAUGCUGCCUUUAAAGAUGUGGCCCUGGUCCUGACUGUUCUCCUAGAGGAGGAAACAUUAGAAGCAAGUGUCGGCCCAAGGGAAACUGAAGAAAAAGUGAGAGAUUUCCUCUGGGCCAGGUUUACCAACUCAGACACUCCCAGCUCCUUCAACCACAUGGACUCUGACAAAUUGAGUGGACUCUGGAGCCGGAUUUCACACCUGGUGCUGCCCGUCCAGCCUGUGAGGGACAUCGAAGAACAGGGGUGCCUUUUAUACUUAAGCACGGAGUUGGUUUUUGAGGCCUAG